AAAAACUCGUUGGUGGAUAAUUUACAAAAGUUUAAUGGUGAGAAUGAGGUCAAACGUAGACCAAGAUCUCGCGAGAUUUCGCAUGUCUGAUGCUCAGGCAGAGUCCGUGAACGGAGUCAGUCAAUGUGGGACGGAGUUUUGCCUGUUUGUUAGUGGAGUAGGAGGGAGAACGAGCCGUUGACUUGACACAGGGUUUGCUUGAAAACAGGUCGGAGAGCAAGAAAGCCAAGAAUGGCGUCGGGUGAGACACUGUACAUUGAAACCGACGGCUCGGAGAUGCCGACAGAGAUCGUCGAGCUGCACGAAAUCGAAGUUGAGACCAUCGAGACGACAGUGGUCGGCGGAGACGACGACGAGCACCAGCCGAUGAUCGCGCUGCAGCCGCUGGUCACAGACGAUCCGAUCCACGUUAACCAUCAGGAGGUGAUUCUGGUCCAAACUCGCGAGGAGGUCGUGGGCUGCGAUGAUUCAGACCUCCACGCAGACGACAGCUUCGAGGACCAGAUCCUCAUUCCCGUCCCUGUUCCUGUGGCAGAGGAGGAAUAUAUCGAGCAGACUUUAGUGACCGUGUCUGGCAAGAACCCGUCGGGUAGGAUGAAGAAAGGGGGAGGCAGCGGGAAAAGAGUGGUCAAAAAGAGCUUCCUAAACUCCGCCGAGGCGAGCGGACGCAAAUGGGAGCAGAAGCAAGUGCAGAUCAAAACACUGGAGGGGGAGUUUUCCGUCACUAUGUGGGCAUCGGAUGAUAAGAAAGAUGUUGAUCAUGAGACUGAGGUGGAGGAGCAGAUUAUUGGGGAAAACUCUCCUCCUGACUAUUCUGAGUAUAUGACAGGCAAGAAACUGCCCCCUGGAGGCAUACCUGGUAUUGACCUGUCAGACCCCAAACAGCUGGCGGAGUUUGCAAGAAUGAAGCCUAGAAAAAUAAAGGAAGACGACUCUCCAAGGACGAUAGCAUGUCCUCACAAAGGUUGCACAAAAAUGUUUCGGGACAACUCCGCUAUGAGAAAGCACUUGCACACCCAUGGGCCACGGGUUCAUGUCUGUGCUGAAUGUGGGAAGGCGUUUGUGGAAAGUUCCAAGCUAAAACGGCAUCAGUUGGUUCAUACUGGUGAAAAACCUUUCCAGUGUACAUUUGAGGGAUGUGGAAAGCGCUUUUCAUUGGACUUUAACUUGCGCACACACGUGCGGAUUCACACUGGAGACAGACCUUACGUUUGCCCGUUCGAUGGCUGUAACAAGAAAUUCGCUCAGUCCACCAACCUGAAGUCUCACAUUUUGACGCACGCGAAAGCUAAAAACAAUCAGUGAGAUCGCUCGCUGAGGAAAGUUCCCUUAAAGACUCUGUCUGACAGCUUCCUGCUCCAAAACCCACUUUGUAUGUCGUUUCUAGAACCAUUCUUUUCUAUGAGAAUCUCAGCGCACAUUUUCAUGGGAAUUGAAAUAUGAAUGAGGACCUGACACCAAACUUAUCCCAACAACCUUCUCACGGUAUAGACCUGAGUUAAAUAACUUCCCGAGUUAUGAGAGUUUCUUCUUUUGAAGAUAUAAUUGAUUUUGUGGAUCCUCAUUCACAUACAAGAUGCUCAUUAUCCUGAGCCCAAAGAAGCAAAUUGCCCAUCGGUGUGUCUGUACCAGUUUGCAAAGACUGCUUUUUAGAUGUCUUCAAAGUGUGCAUAUUGUACACUUUUUAGAGCGUAGAGCUGUCAUAAUAUGUGUGAGUGUGCAUGUGUGUGUGUGUGUGUCGUCCCUGAGACUUAAAACCUGUGAAUGCUUUUCUUCAAGGAGAAUGAGAUGCCGUUCAGCUUUUUUUCAAUGUAAAUAUAGCUUUUCUUUGUGAGGUAUCCUGUGCAGGUAUCUCAUUUUGUAUACCUGUCCUGUACAAAUGUUUUGAAAUCAUGUAGAUAAUAGAGAUGUUGAUUAGAUUGUUUAACCAAUUAAAUCGGUUUUAUUCAGCUUCAGGAUGCACUGCUACAUACACAUGCCUUCUUUUGUAACACAAUAACAGUCUACUCAGUAUGUGAAAAGACACUUUUCCUUCAAAUUCUCUAAUUUAUUUAAAGAUAUGGAAUAAAGCUAAACUCCCCUGUGCAGUUCCCAAGAGCCUGAAGUUCAUCGUGCUGUUCAGUAAGCUGAAUGUCCUCCAGCGAUUGAUUUUAAAAGCAAGGAUUCGUGAAACUUAAACCCGUAUGAUAUGGGUCUGGUUAAAGGUAAAAUUGUCACAGUCAUAUUUCCUGUAGUAGACAACAUUAACAGACAGCAGUGAGCAUAAUCUCCAACAUAACUUGUAACGUAUUACAUAUAAAGGCUUAAAACGGCAAGUAUUGCAAUGAGAGCAUUUAGUUGCCGUUUAAUAUGCUAUUAUAAAAAUACUCCAGAAAUUGUAUUACUUGCAGCUAAUAAUGUUAACAGCAUCCUAACUUAGCAUAUGCACAAUAUUCCGUUAUAAAUUGUAAAUUACACGAUUCAUGCCGUUUAAAAAUAUUUAAGAGGUCCUAUUAAGAGCUUGCUCUUGCUGACACAACCUCAUGUAUCAAGACUUGCAGUGUUACUAGAAACUGGUUAUCCUUGCAUAACCCUACAUUUAUUAUAUUGAAUUUUCAUCUCAUGUACAUCCUAUAACGGACUUAAGUUUGCAUUUAAAUAAUGGAAAAAAACAAAGCUUUGUUUGAACUUUUUUUCAAUGUAUGUUUUGUGAGCCUCUUUAAACUGACCUGAUCCAUGCAUCAAUACCACAUUCUUAUUUGCUAUUGUAAAUAUGUUCUGCCAACUCCAAAUUACAGUUCAACAAAUUGCAAUUCCUUCUCGAAAAUGUAUAUUCUUUUGUAUGUUUCUGGAUAGUAUUAAA